UACCCGGAAUUCCCCUCCCUUCCACGGCCGCCUCCCUUCUUCUCUCUGCGUCUCUAUGCCAGCCUCUAUUCGAGAAGCCUUCUUAAUGGCCGCGAAUACUCGUCGCAGACUCGUGCGUGCCCUCCAAGCCCUCUACUCCAUCUCCCGUCAACGAGGGAUCCAUUAAAAUCGCGACUUUCCCAUUCUUGGUCCGGGUUGUUUCUAGGAUUUCAUUGUUCUCAGAUUUCUUCUUCGAAAAAUCCGUUGUCUUCAAUCGAAUUGAGGUCUCCUUCUCUGGUUCUGGAAUUCUGCUGCCCAAUUGGGCCAUGGACGACUUGGACCUCGACUUCCCGAACCCGGAAGUGUUCCCGGGCCCUGAUGUCGGGGACCAGAUGCCCGGCAACUGCUGGAUAGAUGGCUUCUUCGACGAGAGCGUCAAGGACAUGCCCCGCCACUCUUGCACCCACACCCACACCUGUAAUCCUCCGGGGGGAGACCUCUCGCACACCCACACCUGCUUCCAUGCCCACACCAGGAUCCUCUCGGCUCCUUCCAAUGAGACUUCUUCCGAGUCCGCCGAGAAGAGCUCAUCAAAGAAGAGACCAAUUGGCAACCGAGAGGCUGUCCGGAAGUACCGCGAGAAGAAGAAGGCUCACACGGCCUCGCUGGAGGAUGAGAUUGUCCAAUUGAGGGCGCUCAAUCAGCAGCUGAUGAAGAGGCUGCAGGGGCAAGUAGCUCUGGAGGCGGAGGUGGCAAGGCUUAGGUGCUUGCUUGUCGAUAUAAGGGGAAGGAUAGAAGGAGAGAUUGGGGCCUUCCCUUAUAACAGGGCAGCGAGAAUGGGUGGGGAUUUGGUUUCUAAUGCAACCCAGGGGAACCUUUUUGGUGCUCACAUCAUAAAUUCGUGCAAUGUGCGCUGUGAUGACCAGAUCAACUGCAUGCAAUCAGUGAUGCAAGGCGAAGAUGGGGAUGAAGAUGGUGCAUUGGAUGGCGAGAACUUUGAUGCUUGUGAGAUUGGCAAUAUUCGGUGCAUGGGGAGUUCGAGUACAGGAUCUAAGGUCAUCUUGACUUGUGGCCAUGGAAAUGCGAAUGGAAAUGCGAUGGCUGCUGGAUGUUCGUCUAAGGCCAAGAAAACUAAAGCUCAUUUGGAUCGGGCAGAAUUUCUGCGAGUCCAGAGAAAUGGGCUAGAAAGGAUCAUGUGCAGCAGCAACAACAGAUGGUUGACCAUGUUUGGCAUGAAUUUAACACAAUCAGUUCAACAAAGUGUCUGAGGGAACUGUACUGCUGCAUGCCUCCUAUCGAGCCAUUUGUCUUGAGCUUUAGAAGAUAGGCAUCAUUGGUAUUCUUUUAGUGGAUUUUGGCUUGUUUCUUUCGAUCUCAUUGAUCCUUCCACAACUGCUCUUACCUUCAAAGAUUGUUUUUGUGUUUUACAAUAGGAACUAGUGAAACAUGUGGUCUAAGUAAGAUGUCUGUGGUGAUAAUUUUACCAUUUUGACAUGAUAAUAUGCUGCCCUUAUUGUUAAACGACUAUAUCAUGAUUUUUAAUCAUCGUCAUGAUUUCAUACUG